AUGGCAGAAAGUCGGUCGACAAAUUUUUUGACUUCUGUAAGGUGCUUUAUGGCCAUUUGUGGAUUGCUACUUUCGCCAGUUUUGUCGAAACCAAGUUACGACGCGAGCAGUAUAAACUGUGGCACUACCAAGACUGAUUCUUCAGGGCAAAUUCAUAGUCCAAACUAUCCACUUCAGUAUCCCACGGAGAAAGAGUGUUCCUGGACUAUAAAGAUGUCAGAGUUUCAGAAGAUAGUACUUGUUUUUGAGAUCUUCAAUCUCGAACCUACACAAUCGAAUCGAACAGGCUGUGACAACAGCGGAGACUAUGUUGAAGUUUACGAAAAUUCGUUAGAAUUAAUUGGUAGAUACUGUGCUGGGGCAGAGAAUAUCCCCCCGAGACAGAUAACGUCAGAAGGCCACAUUCUUCGUGUUGUAUUUAAGUCAGACAAUCGAACCAUUUCUGGAUUUGGCGGUGGUUUUCGUGCAAUAUACUCCUCAUGUGGCGGGUAUUUCACUGAAUCCAGUGCAAGCCUUAGUAGUCCAAAUUACCCUGUAAGGUUCCCAGUAGAUGUUACGUGCCAAUGGCAAAUAAGGGUGCCUACGGACUAUGUCAUUGAGCUUCGUUUCAACGACUUUAACAUGGAUGGGAAGUAUCCCUGUAAUGUUGAUUAUGUGAAAGUUGUGGAUGGUUUAAAUAGCAACAACACGGAAAUUGGUCACUUUUGUUCCACAAGACUGCCAGGAAAAUAUGCCAUACGAUCUACUGGUAACACAAUGUCUGUUGAGUUUAAAUCAUACAAAGAAAGUAAUUCCCGAGGUUUUUUUGCUCAUUAUAACCGAGUGCCUCAUUGUACAGGCUUUCUUGAAAGUGAUUAUGGAAGGUUCACUUCACCGGGCUACCCUGGCCCUCGCAAAAUUGAUAGGAAUUGUAACUGGUUUAUAACCGUCUCAGAAGGAAAGAUAGUCUCACUGAUGUUUGAUUUUUUUGAGGUAGAUUCUAUGACAUCCACAUUUUCUACCUCAGGAGACUGCAGUCAGGACUAUGUUGACGUUUUUGAUGGAACAGGUGACAAUGAUAAAUCCCUUGGUAGAUUCUGUACAGUUAAUAACAAACCUGUAGGAAUGGUUCGAUCAAGUGGAACACAGAUGCUUGUCAGACUUAAAACAAGUUUCCAAAAUCAAGGCAAGGGUUUCCUGGCAAGUUAUUAUGGAGUAGAUCCAGAAAACUCUUUUGAGGGCUGUGAAGUGUUUCAUAACCAGUUGCUGUUUACUUGCAAGAAUGGGAAGAAAAUUCAGUGCCAGUUAAAAUGUGAUGGCACAAAUGACUGUCCAGACGCCUCAGACGAAAGGCACUGCAAGACUCUUGCAGUUCCUGCUACCAAAACAAAUAAUGACAUUCGGAACUAUAUUAUUGUGAUUCUCUCUGUCACUGGUACUGCCUUGGCAGUAGUCUGCAUUGGGUUUAUUAUAGAUCGGAUGAGAACAAAGCGAACAGCACGUCCUAGAAGACGUAGGCAAAGAAGACGUCGCGCUAGGAUCUCUACUGCUGAUGAUGCUCCCUUGACUGAUGAGCCCUCCUCCCCUCCGCCACCUUAUGAAUUUGCAGCAGAUGGAAGGGCUUGUAACAUCUUUGAUGUUGCUUUUAUUCAGCCUUGUCAUGGUGGUUCUCAUCCGCUGAGGGGUGCAGGAGCUAGGGGAGCCUUGACCAAUGAAAGCCAAAGUAGCAGAAGCAGCCCAUUGGAAAACCAAGGUUCAGCAGUGACUGGUCAUGAAAAUUCUCCUCCUACUGCUUCUGGAAGAGAGGAGGAAGACAGAGAGGCUCCUAUUGUGAAUGCAACUGGUGGUACAGUCUCUCCAGCAGAAUCUGUUAGCUCUUUUAAUGACACUGUUCCGCUAAUAAGAAGUUAUGAUAGUGUGAUUGAAUUAUGA